AGUAUCCCUAGAGAUUUGCAUUGCAUCGCUCUCGACAUCGUAUCAUACAUUGUCUCAUACAAACAAGCUAAUUCGAAAUCAGACGCCUAGGAAAGGAGAAAACUCCGGUGCAAGCGCUUUCUAGAAAUGCGCUGUUUGCCCGUCCAGACGCUCGCUCUCUCUUUCAGUUUGUUCAGUAAGGAAAGAGGGGAAGGGUCCCAUCUUGGAUGCAGUAUGAUAUGGUUGAAAGGAAUAAAUGCUGAACGCAUCAUGGGGUCGACGCGGCCCGAGCAACGCGGGCGAGAACCGAAUCGUGACCAAAGUGAAAGAGAGCGACAGGGAUGACGAUUCAGACCACGCACCCUUACUACGGAGUCCCACAGAUAUUGGGUGUGGAUUCGGUGGUCAUUUAAUCACACUCGCACCUCAAUUCCAUGAUACUCUCAUCAUCGGUCUCGAAAUUCAUGUACAGUAUGUCCAAGAUUGUAUCACCGCACUCCGAGCAACCAACGAUGGACAAUUGUCAAAAUAUAAUCCGAUAAAAUUCCUCCCAAACUUCUUUCAAAAAGCUUCUCUCACCGCCCUCUUCUUCCUAUUCCCCGACCCACACUUCAAAACACGCGAACACAAGGCAUGCAUCACAUCACCCACCCUUCUUACAGAAUACGCAUAUGUCCUCGCUCCAGGUGGAAUCGUCCGUUGGCGCGUGCACAGCACUUGUCAGAAGGAAUAUAACUCAAUAUUAUACGAGGCUGAGGAUGUUGAGGAUCUUGCACAGUGGAUGCGCACUCAUCUAGAUGCUCAUCCUCUCUUUCAAUUUGUUGAGGAGUAA